AUGUCUACAUCACAGCGAGUAGUCACGAUGGACCCCCCUCACAUUACUGAAUUCGCCUCGCAGCGAUACUUCGAUAAAUUAAAACAGCUUACUGAGACCAAGGAUCAAGCGCUUCCUCAAGAUGGCUCCGUCAUUUCUCAGUCCUCAACGUUUAUCCUUCCCAUCGGAAGAACAAAAGAUCAGCUUAUCAACGAUGCCUUGGAGAAGAAGAAGCGGGCCAACUUUAGCCUACGCUCUAUACUUCCGUCACGGGCAUCUGUCGACCAUGAGCGGAGGAUAUCCACUGAAGCUGGCGUGAAGAAGAGUGCCUCAUUCGACCAACUCUUUCUGGUAUUACCAAACGAGCUCAAGAUACAAAUCAUUGCAUCGUUACCUCUGUCGGACAUCUUGAAUCUGCGGCUGGCGUCCCGAUCAUGGCAUGCUAUGGUAUCUUUCAACGAGUUACCUAUUACUCGCUAUCACAUCGAGCAUCACAUCCCGGCGUACGCCUUACGACUGUACCCCGUGCCUGAGUUUUCCAAGGUCAAUUUCCAUUAUCUAUGCGGGAUAUGGCAUCGAUUACACGUUGCGGCCAAACUAGCAUUCUUGAUAUGCGAGUGGAUUACGAAAGAGAUAUUUCUAAGGAAUACUCCAGCACAACGCAACGAUUUUGCUCAACAACAUGAACGAAUGCGUCGAAGACUCAUUCCGCUCUUGUUUACGGUCUUCCACUUCUUCGAAACCUAUCGGGACCUUCAUGUCAAGUUUGUACAGGAACAUGGAUAUGGGCUGAACAAGGCUCCCUAUACAAUUAACCCCGUCGAAGCCCAGAUAAUGAGUAUGUAUGACGACAAAACACUAUUACAGGUUCACCAGAUUUUCCCAAUGGUGGUUGCGUCUUUCGUACGACGCCUACGACCACCGUCUUAUGCCGGUCGUCUGGAACGUACUCUCCGUGGUUAUUUGAAGGACAAACCUGCUGACGAAAUAUAUGCAACUGCCCUAUGCGUGGGUGGUCUGCGACAAGUCGAAAAGUUCUGGGAGAUAAAAGGUUAUUCUGCACGACGAGGCGCUGUUGACAGAUGGUACAACGGCUUAAUGAAAGAGUCGAAAGAGAGCUUUGUAGAGCCUAGGCCACAUGUGCCUUGCGUUGAUGCCCCAACUAAGCCACGCCGCGGGUUUAUGGGCUUACACCGGAAAAAGUCGACAUUUGGUACUACGGAUAUUUCUAUAGGACAUAAUGAACCUACAUCACCCUUACCAUCAGUUUCGAACGCUCCGGGUCGACGGGGCUCCGAAACAGGUCGGCGGCUAAGCGACGUCUCUGGAAUAGGGAGACCUUCCGAUAGUUGGAUUUUCGACACCAGUUUGGCAGCAGGCAUGCCCAUGGGACCCCUGCCCAAAGAACAAUCACGUCUCGUCACACCAGACGUGCCCAUUUUACAACAAAUAUGGCUGCCCACAGCGGAGGCUCUCAUCAUGGACAGGAAGGUCGUGGAGAGGCCCCAAGAUAUCAGGCGGAACGCACAAGUAAUGUUGGAGCUAAUCCGAGAAGAUAGUGCUGCCAUGGAAGACGAAUGGUGGUACGGGACAGGUGCACCUGAGUCGAUUCGUCCGCCAAUGGAAGCAAUCGAAGAAGACCCCAUUGAAUAG